CUUCGAGAAAAAUAUGGAGAUGUGUUCACAGUGUACCUGGGACGGAGGCCUGUGGUGAUGCUGUGUGGAACAGAUGCCAUACGGGAGGCCCUGGUGGACCAAGCUGAGGCUUUCUCUGGCCGGGGGACAAUUGCCACUAUUGAGUCAAUCUUCCAGGGAUACGGUGUGAUCUUUGCCAAUGGGGAACGCUGGAAGAUCCUUCGGCGCUUCUCUCUGGCUACCAUGAGGGACUUCGGGAUGGGAAAGCGGAGUGUAGAGGAGCGGAUUCAGGAGGAGGCUCAGUGCCUGGUGGAGGAGCUGCGGAAGUCCAAGGGAGCCCUCCUGGACCCCACCUUCCUCUUCCAGUGUAUCACCUCCAACAUCAUCUGCUCCAUUGUCUUUGGAGAACGAUUUGACUAUAAGGACCGUCAAUUCCUGCGGCUGCUGGACAUGUUCUAUCAGACUUUUACACUUAUCAGCUCCUUCUAUGGCCAGAUAUUUGAACUCUUCUCUGACUUCCUGAAGUACUUUCCUGGCACACACAGGCAAAUCUAUAAAAAUCUGCAGGAAAUCAAUACUUUCAUUGGCCACAGUGUGGAGAAGCACCGUGCAACCCUGGACCCCAGCUCCCCAAGAGACUUCAUUGACUCCUACCUGCUGCGCAUGGAGAAAGAGAAGUCCAACGUGCACACUGAGUUCCACCACCAGAACCUCAUACUUACCUUGCUCUCGCUCUUCUUUGCUGGCACCGAGACCAGCAGCACCACUCUCCGCUAUGGCUUCCUGCUCAUGCUCAAGUACCCUCAUGUUGCAG